GGGGGGCACGAGGCCCUCAGUCAGGCAGAUGUAAACAAACAGUGAGGAUGGCUGAGGGACUCUCGGUGGAGUUUCAAAAGUUCAAUAAGAAUUCUAGACACUUGAGAAGAUUACAGAGGGAGACAUUACAGUCGAUAGAAGAUGUGGGGUUGUCGGGGAACCUGUCGGAUGAACAAAUUGGCGAGAUCCGGUUGAGCGAGGAGGAGACGCAGGCGCUGCGGCAGGUGCUGGGGGUGCCGGUGUGCGUGGUGGUGGGCGGGCAGGACGCCUACGGGAAGGUGGUGGUGGUGACCCGUCUCCUGGCCGAGCAGGUGCUGCCCAUCGUGCCCCCGCUCCUCCUCCACCCGCCUCAACCAUGGCGACCCAUCAGACUCAAGCACUCCCCGACCCGCUCCGUCACACUCACCCUCCCUGACAACACCCCGUCCGCCGGCGCUGGCUACGAGCUCAUCCACUCUCUCCACGCCCACUCCCGCCCCUGGGGCACGGUGCCCCGGGCCGACGUGGAGCUGGAUGAGCGCGCCCUUCAGGACCCAGUGAUGGGUAGCACCAUGCUGGAGGUGGGGCUGAACCAUCCGCUGCUGAAGGAGGGGGUGCAGGUGGUGCUCACUCCCACGGGUGCCCACGUCUCCACCGUGGACUUCCUCAGGACCCUGCUGCCGGAGGUCCUGCCCAUCAUCGUGUACGCCAUCUCCAGAGACGAGCUCUCCGAGCAGGAAAUUUCAGAACUACGUGAGCUUCGGAAAUUAAAUCCUGGUAUUUCCGUUCUAUUCAUCCGUGUGCCGCACCUUCCGGAGACCUUCAGUGAUGACCUUCCUGAGUCAGAGCAACACGACAUUCUCUGUAAAUUACGAGUUCUACCAUCUCCGGUUCGGCCAGACCAGCCACAGCAGGCCAUUCCCACUGCAGUGUCACGGUCGCAUCCACAAGUUCCUGUGAAUCUGUUUCGAACAUUGUGUGAUGACCUUGGCUACCUAUCCAUGGCACCAUCACCCAAGAAAAUUCGAUGGCGUUUAGUAGAACACAGCUACCACGUGGACAGUGAACUGGUGGAGAGUUUUGAUUCGUUUUGUAAUGUUGUGCCGUACGUAAGGAUGAUCCUACAAUCCCACCUCAUUCAUGCAUCCACACUUCUCAAUCAGGGUCAUAAUCGUUGCAUGAGAAAAUUUAUUUUGUUUGCAUUUGACAUGGCCCGAGAAAUUCAGAUCACUCCUCGAAGAAUUACUUAUGCCCGAGACAAAGAGGCCGAGCUUUACGAGAGUCUGAUGGCCAUUGCAUCAAGUAAACAAGAUGAAAUUCGAAAUGUAAUAAGUGACACAAUUUCUAAAAUGAAGGAUGAUCUUUUAGAUCAAGCUGCUGCAUAUGAAUUCAAAGAUGCAGAGAGCUUAUCAACAGGCGAGGUGGUGUGUGGGAGAGAAGUUCGACAGUGCACUGGAGAAAUACAAGAACUUGUUAUUGGCUCUCUUAAUGGUGAAGUUGGUCGUCAGCUAGUCGAUCGUGUGGAUGUUAUGAGAGACUCAUAUUUGGGAACACUGCAGCGCUGUCUGGAAAGUUUGGAGAAGGAUUGCCGAGCUUGUGGUGAAAAUCCCCAUAUUGGGGAUGCACUCAAACAGAUGGUGAAUGCUGCGUAUCAAGUUGAAGUGACAGUAACCACAUCAUCGUCAGUUCUCCGCUCGCUGUGGGAGAAAAUGAAACAGCUGGUGGCAGCCAUGCCUGGGAGAACACCGCCAGUCAUCGAUGCCGAGUGGAAAAGAAAAGUUGCCUCAGAUAUGAUUACUAGUCUUUCAGAAGCUAAGCUCACUAAGAGUAUAUGUGCUCAGUUCCGUGAGAGAUUGAAAAACAGUCACGAUUCCUUCUUGGGGAGCCUUAAACAGCUGGAAGCACAAUUAACAUGUCGACUGGAAAAGACAGAAGGGCAGCAAACUCGCAUUAAAAAAGUGGAUGCGCCAAAACUUGCCAGACUGUCUUUAGAAUCUACCUCACUAAAGGAUAUGAUCCUUUUUGGAAUGCCAAGACUAGAUCGGGAGCUUGGAAGAGGUCAGUAUGGAGUUGUGUACGGGUGUGAUGCUUGGGGUGGUUUCCGUCCAUGUGCAGUCAAGUCUCUAGUUCCACUUGAUGAGAAACAUUGGAAUGAUUUGGCGAUGGAAUUUCAUUAUACCAGAAGUGUUCCGGAGCACGAGAGGAUUGUUGCCCUGCGUGGCAGUGUGAUCGACCACACAUACGGUCAGGGAGAGACUCCAGCAGUCCUGCUCAUAAUGGACAGGCUCACUCGGGACCUGUACUCUGCUAUCAAACAUGGCCUUGAUUGGGUUAUCAGACUGCAGAUUUCUCUUGAUGUGACCCAGGGAAUACGCUUUCUACACUCUCAGGGUCUUGUACACCGCGAUAUAAAGCUCAAGAAUGUGUUGUUGGACAAAAACAACCGAGCAAAGCUGACAGACUUGGGAUUCUGUAAGCCUGAAGCAAUGAUGUCUGGGAGCAUUGUAGGUACUCCCAUCCACAUGGCUCCAGAACUCUUCACAGGGCACUAUGACAACAGUGUUGAUGUUUAUGCAUUUGGUAUUCUCUUCUGGUACAUCUGUGCUGGCCAUGUCAGACUGCCACUCAUCUUUGAACAGUGUCAGUCCAAGGAUCAGCUGUGGACUUGUGUCAAGAAGGGUGCGCGGCCAGAACGACUGCCUGUGUUUGAGGACAAUUCCUGGGAACUCAUGCAAGAGUGUUGGGCGGGUGAUCCUUCGAAGCGUCCGUUACUUGGCGAUGUUGAACCCAGACUCAGACAAAUUAUGGAGAUGGACUCUAUGAAGCAGCAGGAGUGCAGAGGACAGACAAACGAAGAGAACGAGGAUGAUUGUAAAGUUGAUUCUGCCGUAGAUGCUACAGAACAGUUUGGUUUCAUAGCACGAGAGGGUGUAGUUCACCUGGGGAACAGCCUUCACUACAUUCACUGUGAUGGUGAGUAGCAGCAUCACUGUUAGUAGUGGUGGUGAGUAGCAGCCUCACUAUUAGUACUGUGAUGGUAAGUAGUGGCUUCACUAUUAGUACUAUGAUGGUGAAUAGUGGCUUCACUAUUAGUACUGUACUGUGAUCAUGGAUAGUUGCAUCACAAUUAGCUUUGUGAUGGUGAGUAGUGGCAUCGCUGUUAGUUCUGUGAUAGUAAGCAGCUGCAUCACUAUUGGUAUUCUGAUGGUAGUGACAUCACUAUUAGUACUGUGAUGGUGAGUAGCAGCAUUAUUACUGAUACUAUGAUGAAGGGUAGAAGUAGAUGCCUGUACUGGUGCGUGACAAUGUUGGUGGUCAUCUGUGAUAAUGGGAAGCUGCUUCAAGUGUCAGCUGCAGCAGGUACGUUACAACACUUAUAUACAUGCAUUGUAUGUGUGCAUUGAACUAAACAGUGCAAUAAACAUCUUAUGUAUGCCAUGGAGCUGAUAUUUUAGUUUGUUGGGCAGUUAUAAAUAUUUUCUAUAAAUUUUGGAAUGUCAUGUAUGAUUUUUGUUGUUAAUAUACCAUAUAAAUCAUUCAUACUUUUUCUGUUGUACAUUUUGGUCAACUUUUGCAUUCAUUUUACUCAACAGUUAGGUGUUUUUAUUGUCAAUAUGAUGGCCUUGUUAGGCCACAUUUUCUAUAGUUCCAUUUCUCGGACGAUUGUUUUUAAUUAAUGUUUUUGUAGUUUUUGUUCUCUCUUGUAAGAGACAACAUACCUCAGUGUUAUUCAAAGUGAUAAUCUCAAAUAUUGCAACACAAAAAUCUCAAAUAAUAUGAAAAUAUAACAGUCUCACUUUCAGUGAUGAAGUGAGUGCGUUAUCGGCAAUUUAAUCUCAUUACUUGAUAAGAAUGCCUUUUUAUGGAACAUUUGUAGCAUUUAGUUUUGUCUCUGGUAUUUCCAUUUUUUUAUUUUUGUUAUCUGAAUGCUAGUGCUACCUUUUAGAAAUUCAAUAUUCUGGAUAUGUACUGUAUAUAGAUAUAAAUAUAUUGUGUGUGCGUGUAUUUAUUUACUAUUUGUGUCUGUAGAAUAGAGCUAUUAGCUCUAUGACCCUGCCUUCCUAACCAAUCUAUUUUUCCUCUAUUAUAUCUACACACAUAUUUCUUUCUAACACACACACACACACACACACACACAUAUUCCCAGGAAGCAGCCCGUAGCAGCUGUCUAACUCCCAGGUACCUAUUUACUGUCAGAUGAACAGAGCAUCAGGGUGAAAGACACUGCCCAUUUGUUUCCGCCUCUGCCGGGAAUCGAACCCUGGCCAUUAGAACUAUGACACCCCCAAGCACUGUCCAAUCAGCCGCGAGACCCCCCUGUAUAUGUGUGUGUGUGUUGUGAAGAUUGUAAAUAUGUAACGGAAAGUAACAGAUCUUGUUUCCUGUCAAAUGACAGCUCUAUGUAACCAUAAUGAAUGGAUGCUUGAAAGGGUUUUUAUAAGGGUAAUGCAUUUAUAUAAAGCAAAAUUACUGUACCAUGCUUGAUUUUAAGUCUUGAAAGAUUUAUAAUACAAUCCUAAAUAAUGUUGCCUUUUUUUUAGUAUUUUCUUUCUCAAGUAUUUGUUCAAAAUUAAAACAAAGGCAGAAUACAUAGCACAUUUAUUUUGUAUUUAUUUUUGGACGAGUUCUCUGAAGUUAGAAAUCUUUUAAUCUACAUCACAUUACUGAUAUCAAGAUAACUUAUAAUAUGCGUGUUUACAGUUGCUCGUCACUUUGGAAUGUUGUACAUUAAUUACAAUAAUUAAUAUGUACUGGAUCUGAGAUGCAGCACAUGUGCCAUCCUCGACUGGUGUGUGAGUAUUUGGUAUCGUUAGAACACUCAUUUUGCUUCAUGUGUGUCCAUUUCUUAUGAGAUGACUUAUUUGUCUCUUAUUGUCAGAUUAUUUGUAUAUUUUGUCUUUGUAAAGAAAUUGUUUUAAAAUGUUAGUUAAUUUCAGUACAGCAGUCCAGAGGGAAUCACUUAAUGUGAUGAAACUGUAAUAAUAUCUUGCAUUAGAAUUGACAUGUAAUAUAGCCAAUGUUUUAUCAUAGCUGCUCUGUGUACUCUCACUGAAAUAUUUAUGUAAAUGUGGACUUUGCUUAUUUAAUGCCAGGUGUAGACAAAUAUUUUAAUUUAAAGGUUCUUCUUACUGAAGCAUUCCAUAUUUAAUUCUUGGAAGAUUCCUUGAAGAUAUAACCAUGUGUACUCAGGUAAGAGUUUUGUCAGUGGUCAGGCUUCCAGUUUCUUCCAUUAUAUGACUAGCUUAGGUAACAAUAUAUUUACAGUAUAAAGAAUCAUUGUUAUUGCCAAAGAUACCGAAUGGUGUUUUGUCAUUCUGUAGAGCCACAUUUAUUAGAAGAUGCAUUUUGCGAGGUAGUAGACUAGACAUAUUACAUCUCAUUUGUACUUAUUAGUAAAAAUCCUUUAUUUACUAAGAAUUGGGCGGAAGUUUUCUAUAAUAAGGCAAUAUCAGUGUUUUUUCCACUUCCAUGGUAAAUGAGCAUCUUUGUGGCUUUUAUGUUCCAGGAAACUAUGUAAUUGUAAUGAAGUUUAAGACGCUUGCUAGUGACACCAUAAACAUUAAGAUGUAAUUAUUAAAAUCAAUGUUAUUCAUUAGUUUGUAAGUAAAUGAAAUAUUUUUGUCUCUGGCAAAUACAGGAUCUCAAGUUUUUUAGUACAAAUCAUUAAGGGAAUGAUAUUUGGACAGCUCAUUCUUGUCCAAGACAAUUCAGCGGAUAAGCAGCCUCAUGCAAUGUUCAGUCAGGUGGUGUAGUAGGCCGACUAGCCCUAGUCGCCUCGUGCAAGCAGUGCCGCUGCUUGCCCUUGGUCAAGCAAGGGUACUGCAAUAUCAUCCAUUUAUAUUUUCCUUAUUGAAAUGAUAGUGGCCUGCUACUCGUUAUUUUUUGUUAACUUUGAUUUACCCUCCUUGAAAGAAGUCCUUGUCCAAGAAUUAACCCCCUCCCCCCCAUUUACACUUUUGCAUAAAUGCUCAUGUAGGGCUAAUUUUUUGUGAACCCGUAUACCACAGAAUAGGGAAGUGGCAAGUGUUUUAGUUUCUUAUUAACCUAAUGAAUUCAUCCUCGUUAAAAUUAAAAUUUUCAGUCAUUUUUAAGAGUUUCUUUGAAAAGUUUGACACAAUAGAAUACUGUAUAAAUAAAAAUUAAUGUUUACAUCAAACUUGAUAUACACCAUCUCAAUAUUUGUGAAAAAUCCUGUUUCCCCUAAAUGACACGAUACAUACCUGAAACACUUGGACACGUGUAUCUACUUUUUAGGUAGGAGUUAGAUGUCAAGGUUAAUGAAUAUUGUCUUUCCUUCUCAUAACACUUGCUCCUACCUCCCCUUUUGAGCAAGAUGAUGAAUAAAUCUAUCCCAAAGUUUUGUAUUUCAAGUUAUCUCCUCUUAAAUGGCAAGAAUUCCCGACAAACUGUAAGUCUAGCUGUGUUAUGUAGACACACUGGCAUAACACUUGGUUUGAAAGGUCUCAAGUAACUUUUGAGAAGAAAUUAAGAUGGUUAAACGUUUGAGGAUGUAUGCUCUUGGGGAAACAGCAGAUAUAUGAAAGAGGAAGGUAUAAGUGUUAAGAAAAACCAGGAAGACGGUAAUAACAGCGUCUGAAAAUACGAAGAAAAGGGCAUGGCACUUACUCAUCCUCUGUAAAUUGUUUCAUUGGGCAUCUUGAGGUCAAUUUAUAUACCUAAAAUAUGUAUAUUUGCAAUGUAUAUAUAUGUAUACAUAUAUUGUACAGUGAAGUGUUAAGGGGCCGGAAUCUUGAAAAUAAUGACGUUCUCAGCCUUCCGCAAACAUACUGUACUCAAAUUUGUAGUGCAUAAUCCACACGGUAUAUGCUCUAACCUUUCCUUAUGAUUCAAUGCUCAAGUAUGAACAAUAUAAAUAAAAAAAAUUUGUUUUAAAAAUUUCACAAAUUCUAAUGAAAAAUCGAAACUUUCACCAAUUUUUAUUUUAAGUCAUUUUGGGCUCAGAAUGGCAUUUAUACUUAAUUUUCAUUGCCUUAAAAUAUUGUUUUAGAGUACAGUACUGUAUAUUUUACUGUAAAAAAAAAAUGCUCAAUGUGGCCUUCAAAAUAUACACUGUUUUUUAGACAACAAAAUUGAUAACUCCCAAAGUUAUGGGUUUAUGAAUAAGUGGAAGCAAUGAAACCUUAGAACUAAGAACUUUGCACAUAUGUAAAAAAUGGUGAAAAUCGCUCAGAAACUGGAUUUUUCAUUACGUCUUUAAAGUUGAAAUUCUAGUGUGAGAUAAUUAAAGUUGAAGACAUCGACAACGAAUAAUAGUAGUUCUAAUUUAUGAAUGUUCUUGUAUGUUUUAAUAAACAUUGCUUGGUAUUUGUACUCGAAUAUGUGAAAGUUGUAGAUCAAUAUGUGUUGAAAUGAAGUCAAGAAAAAAUAACCCCCCCAAAAAAUUAAAUGUAGGGAUAAAGGAUAAUGGGUUAACAAGGAUAAUAAUUACACUUUAUAUAAGUGAUAAGGCCCACAUCUGGUCCCCAUUCAUAUACAACCUAAAGAGACAAAGAAAAUAGAUUUUGAAAUCUGUAAAUUUUCCUGCAACCCCCCCCCCCCCCCCCCCCCAAAAUAGAAGUCAACUUCUGCCACCUGUGGCUGAUUAACAUGUUCACCAAUAUUGUUCAAACUUCAAAUACUUUGUGAUGGAUAUGCAUUCUCGAAGAUGUAGAAGCUACAAUAAAAUCAAAUUAUAAACAAAGGAGGAAAAAGAAUCCUUCCCCACAUCCUCCAAUCCUUCCCCACAUCCUCCAAUCCUUCCCCACAUUCUCCAAUCCUUCCCCACAUUCUCUAAUCCUUCCCCACAUCCUCCAAUCCUUCCCCACAUUCUCUAAUCCUUCCCCACAUCCUCCAAUCCUUCCCCACAUCCUCCAAUCCUUCCCCACAUCCUCCAAAACAAUUGUUAGACAUUGGUGGAAAUAACAGAUAUUGGCAUAGGGCAAUGUAUUUAUAUAAUAUAUAACAAAAUACAGCAUAACAACAUACUUAUUCAUAAUUAUUUGUUACUGUGUAUUAUUCGGCAAUGAUAGAAACACAUCAGUUGCAUAUCCACCUUUUGGACCCUCCUUAAGACUGUGGUUAUUCUUUGUGCACCGGACGGGUGUUUGCUUCUCUUUGUUACUGCAUUAUCCUUCAGUUCCAGCUAAUAAGAGCUAUUCUCUUUAUCAACAAAACGGUUUUUAUUUUGAAGUAUUCAUAUAGAAUCCAUUUUUUAACAUAUUGGGAUGAAACUUUCACGAUUCUAAUGCCGAAUAAUUGGAGUUUUGUUUAACAAUUAAUAGUAAUUUUCAUAUAAUUUAAAUAUUUUUAAGUAUUUCGGCCCCUUAAAUAUUUGGACUUGUAAUAACUGGAAACUCCUAAAACCCAGAAGAUUUAA